CCAAUAAAAUUUCUAAAGUUUCACAUGGCGAACCAAUCAGACCCUACCAUCAAACCGCCAUUCAUUUCCCGUUUCGAAUAUAUAAGUAGUAGGGUGCUUCAAAAUGAGGAAAUGGACAUAACAAUGGCGGAGACAGUUCAAGAUAUUGUAGUCCGUACAUUGAGUGGCGAAUCUACCAUUGUCAGCCUCCCCGCUGACUGCACUAUUGAACAUCUCAAGAUUCUUCUUAGGCAGAACUUCCCUGCGGCCACUCGUUACCCCAAUUUUCACCUGUAUUUCAAGGGUGUACAAUUGGGUUUGCGGAGCAGUAUUAGAGAGCAAAAUAUUAGCAAUGGUCAAUUUUUGGUGCUCGUUCCGUUCACUAAGAAGCCCUCUAACGUGAUUCGGCAAUCUGAUCAAUCUAAAUCCUCAGUAAACACUGCAAAUGCAAAUUCAAUCUCAAAAUUUGCCGAUCAAGCAUGGAGCGAAAUGAUGCAAGAUUUUUCGUCUUUGCAUGACCAUGCAAAAACUGAUAACCAUAGUGGACAGGCUGAUAACUCUAAUGUUAACGAGAGAGAAGAAAAAAUGGCAGGGAAUGCUUGUCCCAGAUUUUCUGAGGUGAAACGCAGAAGGGGUAAUAAUUGUGGAAAUGGAGAAAAGGAGGAAAAGAAAAGUUGUGCAGGUUCGAAUUCAAGUUCUCAUUCAGGCCUAAAGAGAUGUCAUGUUACAAAUUCAUUGUCACCUUUGGAAAUGGUUGAACAUCUUAGAAAGGGAACUGGAUCUUAUGGACAGAUGGUACAUGUUGAAGACAUUCGUGCUAGGGAAGCAAUAAGUGUGGAAAUUCCAAAUAAUAUAUCACAACAUAUGAUGAAUGCACUUAAACGAAUGAACGUGUCUAAAUUGUAUAGCCACCAGGCAGAAUCUAUAGAAGCUUCCCUGGCUGGAAAGAGUGUUGUCAUAUCAACAACAACAUCAAGUGGGAAAUCUCUUUGCUAUAAUGUACCAGUUCUUGAGGCAUUGUCCCAGAAUAUGUCAUUGUGCGCUCUGUACUUAUUUCCAACAAAGGCUUUAGCUCAAGAUCAACUACGGGCAUUAUUACUUAUGACAAACGAACUUGAUUGUGACUUGAACAUUGGUGUAUAUGACGGUGAUACUUACAAAGGGGACAGGAGAUGGCUCCGUGAUAAUUGUAGACUGUUGAUCACAAAUCCAGACAUGCUGCAUUUAUCAAUAUUGCCAUACCACAGACAGUUCCAUCGGAUUUUAUCAAAUCUUAGAUUUAUAGUUGUGGAUGAGGCUCAUGCUUACAAGGGAGCAUUUGGCUGCCACACUGCUCUUGUAUUAAGAAGACUUCGCCGGCUUUGUGCGCAUGUGUAUGGAAGUGAUCCAUCUUUUGUAUUUUCUACUGCAACUUCUGGAAAUCCCCGUGAACAUUGUAUGGAGCUUGCAAAUCUACCCACAAUUGAGCUAAUUCAGAAUGAUGGAAGUCCUUCUGCUAGGAAGCAGUUCAUUUUUUGGAAUCCUUUUUUCCAUCGGGAAAAUGUGUUAAAGAAAACACAUGAUAGCAUGAAUUCUAUCAACCCUGAUGUUGAAAAUACUAGAAGUUACAGCCCAACAUUUGAAGUUUCACUGCUCUUUGCAGAAAUGGUUCAGCAUGGACUUCGUUGCAUCACAUUCUGCAAAACACGUAAACAAUGUGAACUUGUCUUAGAGUGCACGCGUGAUAUUCUUCGGAAGUCUAAAGUGACAAGCCAUCUGGUUGAUUCUAUAUGUGCAUAUCGUGCUGGCUACAUUGCUCAGGAUAGGAGGACUAUAGAGAGAGAUUUUUUUAGUGGGGCUCUUUGCGGGGUUGUUGCUACAAAUGCCCUUGAGUUGGGUAUUGAUGUUGGGCAUAUUGAUGUAACUCUGCAUCUAGGUUUUCCUGGUAGCAUUGCUAGCAUGUGGCAACAAGCUGGCAGGGCGGGGAGAAGAGAAAGAGAUUCUCUUGCUGUAUAUGUUGCAUAUGGUGGUCCUCUCGAUCAAUAUUUUAUGAAAAAUCCAAAAAAGUUUUUUGGGAGCCCAAUAGAAUGCUGUCACAUUGAUGCUCGAAACCAGCAGGUUCUUGAACAGCAUUUGGUCUGUGCUGCUCUUGAACAUCCCUUGAGUUUGCCUUAUGAUGAAAAGUAUUUUGAUGCUGGUUUAAGCAGUGCCAUAGUGUCUCUAAAAAAUAAAGGAUACAUAAGUUCUAAUCCAUCAUGUGAUCCCUUGAAUAAAAUGUGGAAUUACAUUGGGCAUGAGAAAAUGCCUUCACAUUCAGUUAGUAUCCGAGCAAUAGAAACUGAAAUGUAUGAUGUUAUAGACCAAAAGACAGGAAAAACCCUUGAAGAGAUUGAGGAAAGCAAGGCUUUCUUUCAGGUAUACGAAGGUGGUGUAUAUUUACACCAAGGAAAGUCAUACUUGGUCAGACAGUUGAACUUAUCUAGUAAGACUGCUCUGUGUGAAGAAGCUGACUUGAACUAUUACACAAAACCUCGAGAUUGCACAGAUAUUGAAGUUGUUGCUGGUAACAUCGCAUAUCCGGCUCAGUCUUCACACAUCCAGUUUUCACGAACAGCUGCCCGAGCAGAUCCUUGCAAAGUGACAACUUCUUGGUUUGGGUUCUUUAGAGUGUGCAAAAAAUCUAAAGAAAUAUUGGAUAAAGUUGACUUCUCACUUCCUAAGUAUUCAUACAUGUCACAGGCAGUUUGGGCUCCGGUUCCACAGUCAACGAAAUUAGAUGUUGUGAAGAAAAACUUGAACUUUCGUGCAGGCUUGCAUGCUGCUUCUCAUGCCCUUUUGAAUGUGGUGCCUUUGCGUGUAAUAUGUGACUCGUCAGACUUGGCUCCAGAAUGUGCAAACCCUCGUGAUACCCGUUAUUUUCCAGAGAGAAUUUUAAUAUAUGAUAAACAUCCGGGAGGCACGGGUGUCUCUGUACAGGUUCAACCCUUUUUCAUGGAGCUGUUAACCGCUGCUCUGGAGCUUCUCAUAUCUUGCCAUUGCUCAGGAGAUUUUGGUUGCCCGCACUGUGUUCAAAGCUUUGCUUGUAAAGAGUAUAAUGAAGUUCUUCACAAAGAGGCGGCCAUUAUGAUCAUAAAGGGUGUUCUUGACGCAGAGCAAUUGUAGUUUCAAUAGCCCUUGUGAAUCUUCUGGAAUCUUUACAUCAAGGAUUCAAGGACCUAUAACAUUGUUAUAAGCUCACAAAAACAAAAAAAUAAAAAAAAGAAGAAGAAGAAGCUUCCUGUAUCGAUCAUGAAAUGUGAAAUGCAAUAUUAAAUAAAGCUGAAAAUUAGAAAAUUGUGUCAAACUUUACUGACAUGAGAGCAAAUUUACUUAAAUACUCCGAAAAGAUUCUCAAAACAUGCAAAAAAAAAAAAAAAGUGAAAAACAGAAAGAUAAUUCUGCCGUCCAAAUUUGAGUCAAAAGCAAGGAAUCGAAAUCAAACUACGAGCGCACUACUGUAGGUCACCAUCCAAGAGGUGGGUUUCAUUUUCGCUCGUGUGACACAUGCAUACUCAUAAUGUUAAUGACUAAUAGUGAUGAUCAUAGACUCAUCAAUCAUAUAAUGUGUAGUUCUUUCUGUUUGAGUUUAUUUAUAUAUCAAAUUUAGAUGUAAUUAAGAUUGAAUGAAACGCAAAUAGCUAACUCACGUCAUUGUAAGUGACAUAACCUAAUCUAUUCUUUCUCAUACAAACAAACACUCAACACGUGACAUCUUUUUCAACAAUAUAAUAUCGUCCAAUUCCAACGAUAAGAUGUUAUUGAAACUUCAAACUGUUGCACAAUCAUCCUGCACAACAAAGGAACAUUUUGAAUUUCAGAAUUAAAAGUGUAGCCAAAAAAAAAAAAAAAAA